ACCAUUUGGCAUGUUUGGCAGUACUUUUAGCCAUCCAUAGUUUGGCAUAUGUUUGGGAGCAGAAUACAGAAAGAUUUUACUUAAGUACUCAUACGAAAAUCAGUUUGGAAAAGCAAUAUCUUCGAAAAUAGCUAUCCAGUGGCAUGGCAGUUUGCUUGGCAAAACCUUCAGUUUCAAGACUUUCAUCAGGAAAUUUUUGUGGAAUACAGGGGAGGAAAGAUCGUGUUUUCUAUGUUAGACAUUCUUGGCACUGUAUGGUGACUCAAAAGGUUCAUCAUGUUCACGGGAAUGAUAGAUGGAUUUAACAUGGAACUUCAUGUUCUGCGCCACCGCCUUCAUAUUGCAUCCAUGCAGAAGAAAGAUCUGGACUUGUUCUCACAUUCCCUCAUCAAGCUCACCUUGCUACACCAACACACCAGCUGCAAGUUUUUCAGUUUCACCGAAACCUGUGAUGAUUUUUCAGUUAUCAUCGAUGAACACGGCUUUAGUGAGCUCCCCUCCCGGACAGAGCUGAUGGUACAACCCACCAUCUGGCUGGUCCUCAAUGCCAUACCGAGCCCCACAGACGCCGACGGCAAUGCCGGACUCACCAAGACCACCAAGUCCCUCAUCAUGCUCCUAGCCGACCAGAAGAUAUCCAUCUACAGCUUGUCCACGUACCAGACAGAUUUCGUACUCGUGAGAGAGGAGGACUAUGACCGAGUUGUAUGGUGUUUGCAGCCUCACUUUGCCGUAUUCUGGGAGCAGGAGGACGGUGAGAUGAUUCCUGUUGCACUGGAGGGAAUACAGCAUACAUCCCCUCUGACGCCCACAGAGCCCAAAUCGCCGAGACCCAUUGUGCAUUACUUCCAGAGCCCAGACAACCAUUUCCUGGUGACAAGUCUCCAGCCUGAACUGCUGUCACACAUAAGCAUUGCACUGCUGCAGCUCAUGUUUUAUUCAGACAGCUUUCUUCCGCCACCCAAGGAGGGUCAUGAGCGAUUCUUGUCUCUGUCUAUCAUUAAUGACCGGAUGUCAUUGGUCGUAGAUACAGAGUCCCUAGCAUUGUUCCCCCCUGGCAGUGUCUGCACCGGGACUGAAGAAUACUGGAGAAUGAUCAAGAUAGGCAAUCUCCCCUUAGGCUUUGAUGAGAGUGGUAUAGCUGCCCAGAUAUCGGAACCUCUAGCCGAAGACAACAUACCCAUGUAUUACAUCAGUACCUUCCUAAACGAUCACACAUUGGUCUCCGAGCUUGAUAUUGAUCAUGCACUGUCGAUUCUUAAGAGCAAGCAAGGACAUAAUGUGACGGAAUUAUCAUGACUCUGGGGGAUGCCAGCAAUCCGUCGGAAGGUUGAUAACUGAUGACAUUGUCAGACAUAAGGACGUCUUUGGCUAUCAAUUUUUAAAGGGAGCAAAAGUUUAUGUAAUGGGUUUUGCCCUCACCCAACGUAUAUAUCAAUAAACACUGUAUGCUCGGUGCUUG